CGCUUUGUUGCCGCCGCCGCCGCCGGCAUGUCGGGCUUCCAGGGCAAGAAGAGCAUCCCGCGCAUCACGAGUGAUCGACUACUCAUUAAAGGCGGACGGAUUAUCAAUGAUGACCAUUCAUUCUAUGCAGAUGUGUACCUUGAAGAUGGACUUAUAAAGCAAAUAGGAGAGAAUUUGAUUGUUCCUGGGGGAGUGAAGACUAUUGAGGUGAAUGGGCGAAUGGUUAUUCCUGGAGGCAUCGAUGUCAAUACUUACCUCCAGAAGCCCUGCCAGGGCAUGACUGCUGUGGAUGAUUUCUUCCAAGGCACAAAGGCUGCUCUAGCAGGAGGCACCACCAUGAUCAUUGACCACGUCCUUCCAGAACCAGGUUCCAGUUUAUUAACCUCAUUUGAAAAGUGGCACGAGGCAGCAGACACCAUGUCCUGCUGUGAUUAUUCUCUCCAUGUGGAUAUCACCACCUGGUACGAUGGGAUUCGGGAAGAACUGGAUAUCCUGGUGCAAGAUAAAGGUGUUAAUUCCUUUCAAGUCUACAUGGCCUACAAAGAUCUCUACCAAAUGACUGACAGCCAGCUCUAUGAAGCCUUUGCUUUCUUGAAAAGUCUUGGAGCUGUAAUCAUGGUCCAUGCUGAAAAUGGGGAUUUGAUAGCUCAGGAACAGAAGCGGAUGCUUGAGCUGGGGAUCACUGGCCCUGAGGGGCAUGCCUUGAGCAGGCCUGAGGAGCUCGAAGCGGAGGCUGUGUUCCGGGCCAUCACUAUUGCCAGUCGGAUCAACUGCCCAUUGUACAUCACCAAGGUCAUGAGCAAGAGUGCGGCUGACAUCAUUUCCUUGGCCAGAAAGAAAGGUGCUCUUGUUUUUGGGGAGCCAAUCGCAGCCAGUCUGGGGACUGAUGGGACACACUAUUGGAGCAAAAACUGGGCCAAGGCAGCCGCAUUUGUGACCUCGCCCCCUCUGAGUCUGGAUCCAACAACCCCUGAUCAUUUGACCUCUCUUCUCGCUUGUGGUGACCUGCAAGUGACGGGCAGUAGCCACUGUACAUACAGCACAGCCCAGAAGGCAGUCGGGAAAGACAACUUCACCUUGAUCCCGGAAGGUGUGAAUGGGAUUGAGGAGAGGAUGACUGUGAUCUGGGACAAGUGUGUGUCCACAGGUAAAAUGGAUGAAAACCAGUUUGUCGCAGUUACCAGCAGCAGUGCGGCCAAAAUUUUCAAUCUGUAUCCCCGGAAGGGCAGGAUUGCUGUGGGCUCUGAUGCAGAUAUUGUGAUCUGGGAUCCAGAGAAGGGGAAGACAAUCACGGCCAAAAGCCACAAGUCGGCUGUUGAGUAUAAUAUCUUUGAAGGCAUGGAAUGCCGUGGAGCGCCUCUCGUAGUGCUCAGCCAAGGGAAGGUUGUGUUUGAAGAUGGAAAUCUCCAUGUCAAUAAAGGGAUGGGCCGUUUCAUUCCCCGGAAGCCUUUCCCGGAAUACCUUUAUCAGCGCAUCAAAAUCAGGAGUAAGGUAACAGGACUACAAGGAGUAUCCCGAGGAAUGUAUGACGGGCCCGUCUAUGAAGUCCCAGCGACUCCAAAAUAUGCAACUCCUGCGCCUUCCACGAAAUCCUCCCCUGCCAAAAACCAGCCUCUGCCAAUCAGGAACCUCCACCAGUCUAAUUUUAGCUUAUCAGGGGCUCAGGUAGAUGACAACAACCCGCGUCGCACUGGGCACCGCAUUGUGGCUCCCCCUGGUGGUCGCUCCAAUAUUACCAGUCUUGGGUGAGCUCAGGUGGAAAAGCCAGAAGGAAGGCGGGUGGAAAUAAUCUGAUUUCCCUUCUAUGUCCUUGUUGUUGAACCCACAGUUUUAUUCGGUACUAAUGAAGAAAAAAAUUAAUGGUUUUUUCCCCUUUUUGUUUAAUUUUUGCAUAGAAAGAAGUCAUCAUAGUGUGGUGUGUUUGCUUGGAACUGAUUGCCUCACCAUUGUGCAUUUGUGCAUUGUCACCUUAAAGCAUGGUGCUUCCAUUGCCCCCCCCCCCCCCCUCCUUGACUCUGCUGCUUUUUGCUUUGUCUUGAAAGUCCCUGAUGGCUCCUUUGCCCCUCCCUGGUCCCCUUAGCUGUGCUAGAGUAGAUGAUGCAUGUGACUAAGUUAUUGAUGCAAGCUGCUGUUUGUGAGUGAGUCCAUUUUAGAACCUCUUGCCAACAAUGCCAAAAGAAGAAAUGCCACAGAGCAGGAUGGAUGGACAUAGACUAGGACCAGCAGAUUUCUGUUGAUAUCUAUUCCGUUCUUAUCGACCCACCCAAGAAGUGUUUUCACCACAAAGCUUUGCCACACCUGUUGGCCACCAAUCCCGCUUGUUUCUAAGGAGAGCCACAACUUCACAGAGUGGUGCCGUUGCCGUCUUGUUCAGGGGACUUCCACAUAAUGGGCAACCGCGCUCACCUUUGCAUGACAUUUUUUGGUACUUGCAAAUAGUCCAACUUGCUGUUGGGUUUUUAAAGUUUUUGUACAAAAUUCUCCUUUGUAAUCCACGUUCAUUUUUACUUGCGAUAAUGUAUUGGAUUGACUAAGUGUGGUUCAUUUUCUGAAUGGAAGGCUUGUGAAAUAAAAGAAAAGUGAGUGUUUUGCCU